AUAUAAGACCUGCAUUGAGCACAGAAACACAAGUGAACUAGAGGAAAAAUGAAUUCUCUUAACGUGUAUAUUUUACUAAGCCUAGCAGCUGCAGUUUACUGUGGACCUGUGCUGCAUUUGACAGACCAAGAUGAAAGCUUUGCAGAGAGCUACCUGAAAAAAUUCUAUGACUUAAAGGAUGAAAGUGGCCCAACAGUCCGACAUGGCUUCAGUCAAAUCAACAAAAAGCUGAGUGACAUGCAGAAAUUCUUCGGUUUACAAAUCACAGGGACGCUGGAUGCCGAUACCAUGGAAAUGAUGAAGAAGCCCCGCUGCGGCGUUCCUGACGAAAAGGUUUCCCGUUUCUCUACUUUUGGACCCAACCUCAAGUGGCAGAAAAAUAGUUUGACAUACAGGAUCGAAAACUACACACCCGACAUGUCCCAGCCAGAAGUUGAUGACUCCAUAGAAAGAGCGCUGGAUGUUUGGGCCAAAGUUACUCCUCUUAGAUUUACGAGAAUCUACAGUGGCACAGCGGACAUCAUGAUCUCCUUUGGUCGCCUGUCACACGGUGAUUUUUACCCCUUUGAUGGCCCCGAUGGAACUCUGGCCCACGCUUUUGCUCCAUCUCCUGGCAUUGGAGGUGAUGCUCACUUCGAUGAGGAUGAGACCUUCACCUUUCGUUCAAAUUCUGGAUACGUUCUCUUCCUGGUAGCAGCCCAUGAGUUUGGUCACGCAUUGGGAUUAAGUCAUUCUAAUGACCCUGGUGCCCUCAUGUACCCCAUAUACACCUACACAAACCCUUCCAACUUUCGUCUACCUCGAGAUGACAUCAACGGCAUCCAGUCUCUUUACGGUCCCAAUCCUGAUACGGAUACAGAUACCGAUGGAGAAAAUCCUGAGCCCCCCGCAACUCCUGAUGCUUGCGACUCAAACCUGGUGCUGGACGCUGUGGCCACCCUACGAGGAGAAAUGUUGUUUUUCAAAGACAGGUUCUUUUGGCGAGUGUAUCCUCAGAGCAGGACACCUCAACAAAUUUUCAUCACCAACCUAUGGCCCAAUGCCCCCGAUAGAAUCGAUGCUGCUUAUGAAAGCCAAGAGUCAGGGAAUAUUUUUCUUUUCAAAGGUGGUCAAGUUUGGGCUUUCCGGGGUUAUGAUCUUGUUCGGGGAUAUCCUAAGGCAAUAACGACGUUCGGUCUGCCCUCAAGAGUGACAAAAAUCGACGCAGCUCUUUAUGACGUGGAAUCAAGAAAGACACUAUUCUUUGUUGGCAGAUCUUACUACAGCUAUGAUGACGCCAGUAAGAAAAUGGACGAUGGAUUCCCCAAACGUGUUGACGAGACCUUUUCUGGCUUAACCGGGAGAGUGACAGCAGCUUUUCAGUACAAUGGUUUUACUUAUAUCUACAGUGGCCCUCAUAUGUUUGAGUACAGCCUGAGCACCGGAACGUUUUUCCGUUUGUUGGGAAACAACUACUUCUUGCCCUGCUUCUAGAUCAUCUUUGUGUGAAGAAACAGAGAAUCAAAAUGAGUGGGCACGAAUGUAAAUUUAUUUAGCUUACUCUAAUUGGUUCAUAAUUUCUUGAAGUAUUCUUAUUUGAAUAUGCCAAUAUUAUUAUUAUUUUUCAAGUUGUAUCACGUUUGUUCUUUUUAUGUUGACUGUGACAAAAUAAGAAGAAAUAAAAUUGUUGAGAUUCAUUUGUUAUCAGCUCAUUUUUAGCACAUAAGAAUGCAUUGCUACAGUUUGUCUAUGUAUUUGGAAUCGGAUAAGUCAUUAAAAAGAAAAACAGCAAUGCAUUUA